AUGAUAUAUUGGCUUACUCAUUUAAAACACGGACACCGUGAACUAACUUAUAAUCCUCUUAGUGAAAUAUCCAUAAAUAUGGUUCAAACAAUUAAAUAUUCUUUAAUCAGAAUGUUUCUACGGACAAGCAAAACAAUAACUUUAGAAUUACUUAAUACUUUAGUUGGAUCUGAAGUUAAAUUGAUUAUUGAAGCAGUUUAUAAAAAUUUUGCUUUAAAACGCUUGAUCCUUUGUAAUAACCAACUUUGCCCCGAAAUUGGAAAAGCAUUUGCGAAGGCACUUUACAAUAAUGAUACGUUAACUCAAUUAUCUUUUUCGGGAAAUGAACUUACUUUUGAAGUUGUAAAAGCACUGACUGAUGUUCUUCUCGUGAAUACUACUCUAAAUCAUUUGUGCCUUAAUAAUAAUGGAAUUGAUUCUGAAGGAGGUAAAGCUUUGAUGAAAGCUAUUAGUAAAAACACUACACUAACUUUAUUAUAUCUCAAGGGUAAUGAUUUUGAUUAUGAAGUGCAUGAUAAACUCAAAGUUACUCUUUUUACUAAAAAUAUUUCAACCGAUUUGCCCUAUCUUGAUAGUUAUGAUUUUCCACGCUGCUCAAUUUCUUGA